UAUAAACCGUCAGAGUAGAAACAUCCAAGUUACGAGAAUGCCUCUCUCCUGUUCGGAGAAACGAGAAAGUGAGGUAACGCAAGAACCAGAACGAAGGAAGACUCCGAAGCAACGCAAACGCAAGUGAGCAUGGAUCCUUUGAAACCUCCUAUUCCAAACAAUCGCAACAGGUACGUUCCCAUCCCUCUGCACCCUCAUCACCACCCCGACCGUCCGUUUCCUCAUCCCCAUCCUCAUCCUGACCGUCCGUUUCCUCAUCCUCACCACCAUCCGUACAUCUCCCCACCAUCUUCUCCCUACCACCCUUCCCGUCAUCCACAUGAAUCCCACUUCCAACCCGACCCAAGAAGGCCACUGCCGGCCCCGAUUUUAAACCACCCUCACGAUCGCAUCCCAGCAGACCAUCUCAUCCCUCCCCCUUUCCGCGAAGAUCGGGCCCGCCUGCCCGAUCCGGCGCUUUCCUCACCUGGUUUUGUCUGGGACGACGCGCCCAGGCCAUUGCGUAGGCGUCCACCGCCCCCAAUUGGCUGGGAGAACCCCGGGCCGCACUCUUCUGACCCCCGCCACCACCACCACCACCACCGAGGGCUUCAUCCUCCUUUCUUGGAAACUACAAAUUCUGCUCCUGUGAGGCGGAAGAGGUAUGAUCCGGACCCGGAAAUACUUGAAUUCACCCACGACGAUCGUUGUUGUGUGGAUGUUCCGCAGGAUCGAAGAGAACAUCAUCAUCAGCAUCACGAACACCGUCAUAUUCGUCGUCGCAGUAAUCCUCCUUUCGAACCCUUCUUGCCUAACUCUUUACCUUCAACAUCCGUGGCGGUUGUCCCUGAUCGCAGAUCCAUUGAGUGGGCCACACGAAAUAGAAACCCUUUUGAUGCCCCAGAAGCUCUUGAAAACAGCUCUGUUGAGAGGGCUGAACGGAUUAAAUACCCUUUCGAUGCUCCUGGACCUCCUGAUCGCGGCUCCCCUGAGAGGGCUGCAGGGAGUAGAUAUCUUAUCGAUGGCCUGAAACCUCAUGAUCACAGUCCAGUCAAGAAGGCUGUGCGUAUUAGACACUAUCUUGAUGGCCCGAAACCUCCUGAUCACAGCUCUGUUGAGAGGGCGGCGCGGAUUAGACACCCUCCCGAUGGUCCAAGACCUUCUGAUCAGAGCUAUCUAGACAGGGGUGCUCGGAUUAGAUAUCCUUUUGAUGCCCCAGAACCACCCAAUCGCAGCCCUGUCGAGAGGGAGACAUGGAUUAGAUACCCUUUCGACGGCCCAAAACCUCCAGAUCGCAGCUUUGUCGAGGGGGCCCAACGAGGUCGAUAUCCAUUUGAUGCUCCAAAACCGCUGCAGCAGCGCAGCGAAAGAGGUGAUCCAGUGGACGAAGAUCGGAUAUGGAUCCAAUCUCCUGCUCUAGAGAUAAACAAGGAAGCCGUCAAACGUGAUAAUGAUGCCCUUCGGAUCAUUCCUGGAAAACGCCUGCCCCUGCAUUCAAGGCUUGGCAAUGUCAACAAUAUGGAGGCCCAUGAGAAGAAGUCACAAAAGACCAGUGUCCUGCUCAGAAUACAACCUGCCAGCAAACCUAUCAGGAAAAGGAAAGACGAGCCGUUGCUCUCUUCUUAUGUCAUUGGCUCGAGCACUUCUGACCCAAAAGGGAAAGCCCCCAGUUCAUUCUCCGAACAUGUGUUGGAAAAGGAUUCAUCUGUAGAACUCGAUGUUUCUUUUAAAUCAAAUGCUUUGGUAGCCAAGCCGAUUUUAUUGGCCCCCACUAAAACUGUCUUCAAAUCGAAGAAGACAGUCUUAGUUAAGAAAAAGAAGAAGAUUGUAAAACGGGUUCCAAGGUUACCAAACUCACAUGUAGCUGGAAAAAUUCCAGGUUCCACAUCGGCUUCUCUUGGCAAGGAUUUACAGCGUUUGGAAGUCUUAGAAGAAGGUAAACAGAGCUCACGGGCAACUGGAAAUAAUGUUGCAGAAGUUGCAUCAAGUUCUCCUCACAAGGAUUUACAGCAAAUAGAAAUCUUGGAAGCAGGGAAGGUCUCUAGUGUUGGGGCCAGUGGUGAAGCUGGUUUGGAUCUUUGUCCACCUGGGGUUGUGGUGUUGCUUGAGGAUAGUUCAGUGGAAGGAUCUCCUGAGGAUGCUGCUCUGUUAGAAGACCAGAAAGGUCAUGUGAUACACAAGGAUAAUGACAUGAAUUUUGUGCGCCCAGAUGGGUGUUAUACUUCACUUGGCAAGGAGUUGGUCAUUUUGGAUUCACGGUCUCCUUCUCCAUCAGGUUUAGGGAGAGAACUGCAAGAUGCUAUUCCUGCUGAGACAGUUAUGGAUGGCCAUGAAUAUUCCCUUGAAGAUCGAGUUGCAGAAAGGGACGAAGAAAGAAAAAAUCAGAUGGAAGUUGGUGUAUUGGAAGAGAGUGGAAUGACUGGCAGUAGAAAUUGUAAAGAUACUAAGGAAUUGCUUUCACCGGCGGUGGAGGAAUUGGGUAUUUUGUCUUUAGAAGUACAAACUUUAGUUUUCAAUCAGAGAUCACCAGAUGGAGCUAUUGAAGGUGAUGGCUCGGAUGAGAUGGUUGAGGUGGGAUUGCAUCAUUCUGAUUCUAUGCGGCCAGCAGAAGAGGUAUUGGCAGUUACUGCUACUAAAGCCAAUGAGGAAGGGGUAAUUCAUUCACCAGAUCGACUCUCAACAAUAAAUUCUCCAGAAUCUUUUUCGGUGGUUCCAGAAACAGACAUUUUGAAUGCAGAGCAGUCAUGGAGUCGGCCAUCAGUUGAAAAUCUCUGCAUAGAUGAUAAGAAUAAGCCAGAUGAGAAGUCUGCUAGUGAAGGUUGUCUUCCUUUAAAGGCCCACGAUUCUAUGGUAUCAGAACCGGAAGUUGGUGCAGAAUUAUAUCAAAGGAUGCAAAUAAAUGACCACAUGAUUCAGGGGAAGGUGCUGCAGUUGCCAUUGCAAGGAACCAAAAAACCAACAGCGGAUCCAAAAUUGACUGCCAAUGAAUCUGGCAAGAGGAUCCACCAAAGUUCCGGAAUUCCUAGGUCUUUCCGCCAUCCAGCAGGUUUUGCUUCUGGGUCUUUGAAAGAAACUUCUUCAUCUCACAUUGUGAGACCCCGAACCUGGCACCGGACUGAUAAUUCUUCCGCAUCUCCUUCACCUGUACGUGAGUCAGGUUUGAGUCACAUCCCUCUGCGGAGACCGUCUCCUAAAAAGAUUGGAAAGAUUCAGAGCAUGUCAUACAUUCGCAAAGGUAACAGCCUUGUAAGAAAUUCUGCUCCAGUUAUUGCUUUCUCCCGGGCGUCACCUGGUUCGAGUGCUUCAGUUUAUACCUCAAAUCCAACCAGUGGAGAUAAAAUGAACAACUGUGUGGGUUCUGAAAGGAAAAUUGAGAGUAGCAACUAUUCAAAAACAGGUGUAAAUCCCUCUAUUGUAAGACCCAAAACACCCCCUUUACCCAAUACAACCAAGUUACCAAAUUGCACUGUGAAGCAUCCACGGGAUUCUCAAUAUUCAAUAAUAGCAGAUCCUUCUCAAGCUGUUUCAGAACCUUCUAUGUUUGAAACAUCCGAUCCUAUUAAACCUACAAAAGGCAAUGAUACUCCUUGGUCUGCCAAAGGUUCUGAAAAACAAGCUGUGAAUUUGCUUCUGGAUGGUUUGGAAACUCAAAGUGCCUUAUAUGUUGGAAAGUUGAAGUCCCCCAAGACAAAGAGGAUGAUAUAUGUGAAGCGUAAGUCAAAUCAGCUGGUUGCUGCUCCAAGACCUGAAAUUCAAGAUUCAUCUGUCCCCAUCACUGAAAAGACACAAGCAUUGCCUUUUUCCACAUCAAGUGAUUUCUAUUACAAGAGGAAAAAUAAUCAGCUUGUACGGAACAAUGUAUCACUGGAAAGUCAAUUCAAGCAAGCAGUAGCUGUCCCUGAUGACAAUUCAAAUUCAGAGGGGAAGAGGGCUCCUAAGAUUUCCUCUUUGAGAUGCAACAGAGGAAUAAGCAAGAGGAGGUUUGAUAAAGUUUUAGAGAAGACAAAUAAAACUUCAAAGUUAUCAUUGGUAUGGACGCUAGGUGGGACACAGUCACAUGCCAAAGACAUGACUUCAUUGCAACGGCGGAAGGUUCUGCCCUACCUUGUUCCAUGGAAGAGAACAGCAUAUUGGAGAUGUUUCAUAAAUAAUAUUGCAUCAGUUUCAAACAAGAGUUCCUUAUCACUGAUCAGGAAAUUACAGCUGUCACGGAAGAGAGAUACAGUGUACACAAGAUCAAGCAGUGGAUUUUCUCUACGAAAAUCCAAGGUAUUAAGUAUUGGUGGGUCUCAUCUGAAAUGGUCAAAAUCCAUCGAGAGGCACUCAAAAAAGGCUAAUGAGGAAGCUACACUAGCAGUAGCUGCAGUAGAGAGGGAGAAAAGGGAACAUAAGGGAGCUGGUCAUAUCAUCAGAAAUGCAAAGAAUAGAAGCCGCUCCUCUCGUAAGUCAUCUCGUGGUAUUGAGCUGCAGCCAGGAGAACGUAUUUUCUGCAUCGGCUCAGUUCGUUACAAAAUGGAUCAAUCUAACAGGACAUUAUUGAGGAUUCCAGAUGAGAAACCAUCAUGUUCCAUCAAUAUCAAAUCAGGAAAAGAUUCCAGGAUUUCUUUUGUUCCGAGGAGAUUACUGAUCGGAAAUGAAGAAUAUAUUCGAAUUGGCAAUGGUAACCAGCUUGUUAGAGAUCCAAAAAGGUUGACUCGCAUCUUGGCAAGUGAGAAAAUUCGAUGGAGUUUGCACACUGCUCGACUGCGGUUGGCCAAAAAGAAACAGUACUGCCAGUUUUUUACGCGAUUUGGGAAGUGCAAUAAGGAUGGUGGAAAUUGCCCAUAUAUUCAUGACCCUGCUAAGGUCGCUGUCUGCACAAAGUUUCUACUUGGUCUCUGUUCUGAUGGUGACUGCAAGUUGACUCAUAAGGUUAUUCCGGAAAGAAUGCAGGAUUGCUCUUAUUUCCUGCAAGGAUUAUGUACCAAUGAGAGUUGUCCGUAUCGGCACGUAAAUGUAAAUCCCAAUGCUUCUGUCUGCAAUGGUUUUCUCAGGGGCUAUUGUGCUGAUGGAAAUGAGUGUCGGAAGAAACACAGUUAUGUUUGUCCCAUGUUCAAAGAAAAUGGGAUUUGUCCUCAAGGUUCUACAUGCAAGCUUCAUCAUCCAAAGACUAAAAAUAAGAGCAAGAAACGGAAACGGCUGAAGAACCAGAAGAAUGCCAGAGGCCGUUACUUCGGCUCGCCUCUGCUUGUUGACAUUGGUCAGUCUGGGAAACUUGCUUCAGAUAGUUGCUGUGCAGGGCAGGGUGGGGACAUUUUCUCUCUUGAUGGGCGAUAUGCUGAUUUCAUCAGCCUUGAUGUUGGUGAUGAAGAAGCCAGAGAAACUAAUAACACAGUGGGUGCAAACACCACCUUGUAUGGCUGUGAUUCUUCAGAUUUACAGCUAGACAGUCUCGAUCCGCUCAUCAAACCUGUCCUUCUUAUGAAUGAGAAUGCAUCAUGACAUCUCUUGCAAUCAGUACUCUGAGCCGGCCCAUAGAAGCUGGGUAAUCUUUUGGUGUUACAAAGUAGAGUCAGGAUUGAAGGUGCCUAAUAGGGGAUUAUCGAAAUGAAAUUCUUACCCUUUGCAUUCGUGCUCAUGAUAGGUGAUAUGGAGAUUUGUAAUGUUGUGGAGAUCACUGACCAGAUAAAAAUAGGCUGCUGCCUUCGGUUUCUAGAGUACAGGCAAAGGUUUCCUUUUUUCUGCUGCUGCCAAAUGGACUGGAUGGACUUCAGCCCAUAUAUAUAACAGCAUGUACAUGAGAGGAAUGUAUAAAAACAAUGUUACCAGUUGUAUUAUUUCUGUGGAUGAGAAAGCGAGGGGGUACUGAUUAAAUUUUCUUGUUACCUCAUUAUUUUGCGAUUAACGAGAAUGAUUCGAUUGGUGGUCUGAAUGAACGGGCAUCUAUUAGUCACAUCACAGAACAAUAAUAUUUUCCGUUUCUGA